AUGCACCACGGCAACCUGGCCCUCGUCUUCCACGUCCUCAUCGAGGCGCCCGCCUCGCUGUCCUUCCUGCUGAACGCGCCCAAGCAGCUCCUGGAGUCGAGGCCCAGCCCCGAGGCCGUCCUCGUGUGCCAGAGCUACGGCGGCCUGCUGGUCGCCACCAACGUCUUGUGCCUGCUGCUCCUCUACUCCAGGGGCAUUAGCACAUUUGACGACGCCAGCGCCAUCGUCGCCGCUUCGCUGGCCAUGUACCAUGUCAUGCCUUUGCGGCGGGCCUGGGUGAGGAUAAGGGCCCGGGGGGCCGGCCGGGGAUGGUUGCAACAGGCUGACGCGCUCGGUGGCCCUUAUGUGCACUUUAUGGUGCAUACUCUCUUGCUCGUGUCUCUCACGUGGGCGGGCUUGCACGAAGUAGUUGGCGGAAAGCCUUGA